GACGCGCCGCGCCCCGCGGUCCCGGCUGCGUGGGCCGCUCGGGUGGGGCUGGGCGCUGCGGCUGCGGUGGCUCCCGCCGCGGCGGGCGCGAUGGAGGCCGUGCCGGGGCCCCGCACGCUCGCCGGGGGCGGCCGAGGCAGCCGGAGGGGCUGGUAGAUGCGGCGGCCGCGGCGGCGGCGGCCCGGGCUCUCCAUGAGCGAGCGGCGGCGGCGACGGGUGCGGUGGCACCGGCGUUCUUCGGUCCCGCGGGAGGAUGAAGACACUGUUUGAAGAGAUCAAAGCAUCAAUUAAAAAUAACUAUAACCAAGAUCGAUCAUUCUGGAGGCCUGUCCUUCCUUGGGGAGGAGUUUUUACUAUCAAAGCUGGCCGCAAAGCAGUAUCCUGUACACCCCUCUAUGUUGAGAUCAGACUGAAAAAUACCUGCACCAUAGAUGGAUUCUUGAUGUUACUGUAUGUCAUUCUUAAUGAAAAUGAAAGUUUCCCUAGGGAACUCUCUCUCCAUUUUGGCAGGGAGUUUGUAGACUGUUUUCUUUAUUUAAUGGACACCUACAGUUUUACAACUGUGAAGCUGCUUUGGAUUUGGGACAAGAUGGAGAAACAGCAAUACAAAUCUGAAGUUCAUAAAGCUUCCUUAGUAAUUGAUUUGUUUGGGAAUGAGCAUGAUAAUUUUACAAAAAAUCUUGAAAAUCUCAUGUCUACCAUUCAAGAGAGUUACUGUUCUAACUGGCGCUGCCCGACCCGAGUGCAGGAAGAUCAGCAGCGCACAAUUAGUAUAAAUCCUCCCCAAGAAAUUCCACAUGGAAAUUUGAUACGACUGGCUGUGGAUGAGUUAUUCUGUUCUAAGAUUGAACUUUGUGAAGAGCAUGGGUGUGGUGGCUUAAGAGAAUUUUCCCAACGAGUUUUCUGCCACGGGGCACCCCCUUUUGUUGUGCUAAAUAUGCAGCAUUGGAAACCUGAAGAUCUGGCAUAUGUCCCCUAUUACUUGGAUUUAUCUGAUCACAAGUAUCUGCUGGAAGGUGCCACUUUAUUUAACAAAGAGGAACAUCAUUACUCUGCAGCUUUCCAGAUUGAUGGACAUUGGAUGCACUAUGAUGGCCUCAGAAAUGUGAAUUUAAUUUUGUUAAAUAAACCCCCAGAGUUUCUCCUCUUGUCAUCAUUGGUUUAUAUUCGAGCAACAGAGAAAUAAAUAUAGACUGAUGCUGAAUUAAACUGUUCUCCAGCUUGCCCAUGCUCCCCUAGAUGAAGGGCUUUUGUUCUGUAUAUACUUGGUAUCCAAGGCAACAGUUCAACUAUACUAGUUUCAGAGAUGUAUUUUUCAUUGUUUGCCCCAGGUAAAUCUUUUAUAUGGACGAUCUAUGCAAAAAAUGUAUUUUUAAAAGUAUUUUCUGGGUUAUUUUUAUACAAGCAUAUGUUAUGUUCAAAUAAAAUGUAUCUUGUGGCCUUUGUAUUUUUUUAUUUAUAUAUACCUCAACAGUUUUUACAGUUCUAUCCUUAAAUCCAAGAAAAUACUUACUUGUUUCAACUCUAAAUUUUCUGUGUUAGGUAUUUGCGUAAAGCCUAGGAUAAAGGUCAGCAUUUUGGCUAUCUGGCUAUUUCUUUCCUUACCUCCGAGGUGCACUGCAUCGGAUCUAGUAGGACUUGAAUGGAUGGCUUAUGGAUGGCUGAUUUUUCCAAUGCUGUAGUUUGUUUGACCCUUUGCUAAGCUCCUUUUGCCAAUUAAAAAAUAUGAAUUUUUUUAGAUUAAACCAUUUAUUUGUAGUAGAAGGUUAUAGUAACUAUUUCCUAAAUUGUAAACCCACCAGUGUGUGUCAAGCAUUAAGUAAGCUGAUGUUAGUUAAUGUAAGCAUUCCAAAUAAAUUACAUAACAAUCCUAGAUAUCUUACUAAAUUAAUGAAAAUUAUCCACUAAGUUAUUUUGCAGACAAGGCAACUAUCAAAAAUAUUAGGUAACUGGAUAUUUACUAGUGUUGGACUAACAAUAGAAAUGCAUUAUAUAUUUAAGAGGGAAACGGGGUACCUAAUAAUAUUUCUUGUAGUUGAGUUUCUUAUUGGCACAGAGAAAAAGGUAUUUUUGAAAAAGUUAACAUCUGGCUCUCUUGAAACUGCUCAUUGACGUUAAGAAGCUUGAAUUUGUAAUGCCGCAGAUGCCAAGCCUAAGCAGUUGACAAAAUUUCAGGUUUUGUUAUAAGUGACCUGCAGUCACCCAUCAAUUUGCAAUUUAAAGAGAAACUAUUUUAAAGCAAGAAUACCUGAUAAACUAUCUUUAAUUUUAGUGUUUACAUUACAGUAAAAUAACAUUGUUUAUGUUUGGAGUUGAGAUCAGGUGCAGUCUAUCUGAAGACUUUUCAUGACAACAGAGUUCACUGCCGAAUACCAAACUGCUAAGGGUUUCAUUAUGGACCUUCCAUUGCUGUGGUGCCAUGUUCAGACAACUUGCUGUAAGGAUGGGUAAAUGAGGGUGACGUCUUGCUGACACUGUCUCACUUUCAGUAUUAUGAAAUUAUUUUUACUACAAGAUAAGAAUUUAGUUUUUUUCUAAAUCAAUAAGGGUUUAUUUAAAAAGUUUUCCAAAUAUGGUAAAUGGGAUUUGAUUUACAGCUUUUCUAGUAACAAUGUAUUGCAUGAAUCAAGCUACACAAAACACAGAUCUAACAUACGCAUACAAAAAUGGUAUGGUUACAUUAUUAAUGACUGAGUUACUCUCAGUGCAGACUCUUCAGGAAAUUGCACUUUAUUUGGGAUAUUAGUUUAUUGCAAGAUGACUUACCUACCUCACAGGGUUGUUGUGAGGGUUAAGAUGUUAAAAGUUUUGCCUACCUUGAACAUGCUAAUAAACAUUUCUACCUCUUGUGUAUAA